UGCUUUUAUACUGAAGGUGCGGAGCGUCUUCCGGAUGUGCCGCUAACUUGACGCGGCGCGUAUUUAUAAGGGCUCCAGCCAGCGCCUCCCGUGGCGUUGAAACCGCUACUAACCGUCGGCUGGCCGUCCGGAGACAUGGCGCUGAGCCGCCUGGAGAAGGCGCAGGCGUGGCUCCUCAGGGCCGUGAUAGGAGUCCUGUUCGCGCUCUUCCGGCUCUUCUCCCCGCGGAGACCCGCCGAGUCCGUGAAGAAGCUGCCGCCGGUCCGGAGCCCGCUGCUGCUCGUCUCCGCCACCGAGCUCGCCAGGAAGAUCCGGCGGAGAGAGGUGUCCAGUGUGGAAGUGGUGCAGACUUUUAUCGACCGGAUCCAAGAAGUCAACCCUCUGAUCAACGCUGUGGUUAAAGACAGGUUUUCUGCUGCCCUUCAAGAGGCGGCUCAGGUUGACAAGCUGAUCGAGGAAGAAAAUGGGGAAGAGGAGGUGCUGGAAGACCGCCUGCCUCUACUGGGAGUCCCCCUGUCUGUCAAAGAAUCUUUUGCUGUACAAGGCAUGCCCAACACGACCGGGUUGAUCUCCAGGCAGGGAGUUGUGGCCACCGUGGACACACUGCCAGUCGCUCUGCUGAAGAGAGCCGGAGCCAUCCCACUGUGUGUCACCAACACCAGCGAGCUGUGCAUGUGGUUCGAAUCGCACAAUCACCUCUACGGCAUCACCAACAACCCGUACGACUUGGAGAGGAUACCAGGAGGAAGCUCAGGGGGAGAGGGAAGCAUCCUGGCAGCAGCGGGUGCUGUCAUCGGAAUUGGCUCGGACAUUGGCGGCAGCAUCCGGGUACCCUGUUUCUUCAAUGGAAUAUUUGGCCAUAAAACCACACCGGGUGUCAUUUCACAUGAGAACCAGCACCCUCCUACAAGUGGCAGCCAAGGGGACUACAUCAGUGUCGGCCCCAUGUGCCGGUAUGCCGAGGACCUGCUGCCAAUGCUCUGGAUUAUGGCUGGACCCAAAGCUGACAUGCUGUCCUUAAACACCAAAGUGGACCUCAAGAAAGUGCGCUUCUUCUCAGUCCCUCAUGAUGGCGGCUCUGUCAUGACGCAGCCAGUCAGUAAAGAGCUUCUUCAGAUUCAGAGGAAGGUGGUGCAGCGUCUGGAGGCUGAUCUCGGAGUGACGGUUCAGCAGGUGCACCUCUCCGGGCUCCGAUAUGGCUACCAGAUCUGGGACACCUUCAUGGGUUUGCCUGACAAGGAAGGCAGGUUUCCUCGGCCGUUUGCAGAGUUCAUGGGUGGUCCGGGAAAGCCAGUGAAGCCUCUGUGGGAGCUGCUGAAGUGGAUGAUGGGACGGUCGGACCACACGAUGGCUGCCAUUGGUCUGGCCUUAGUUGAGAUGUUCCGAGCUCCCCAACCGUCCAGGUUCCUCAUCCAGCAGAAGAAGCAGCUUCAGAAAGAGGUGGAUCAGCUGCUGGGGACCAACGGAGUGUUGCUUUACCCCUCACACCCCCGGGUGGCGCCAAAACACCACCAUCCUCUCUUCAGACCCCUCGACUUCGCCUACACUGGUGUGAUGAACAUUCUGGGGCUGCCGGUCACACAGUGUCCUCUGGGCCUGAAUGCAGAUGGACUUCCUCUGGGCGUGCAGGUCGUUGCCGGGAAGCUGCAGGACCACCUGAGCUUAGCCGUGGCUCUGUACCUGGAAAAGACCUUCGGAGGCUGGAGGGAUCCUGGAGCUGCAUGAGAGAAAAAUUUAAUUUGAAAACAUAUUUAAACUGCGUUCAUAUUCUAAUGCUCAAUUCCACUUUUUGGUUGACUGUGUGUGUGUGUGUGGGGGGGGGCAUAGGUACUUUUAUUUUGAACUGCCAGAAGAGCUGCACAAUUCACCAAAACUGGAAUAAACCUGAUUCUAAAAUCAAUUUGUG